AUGGAGGCUUUAGACAAAGUCUGUUCAAAAAAGUAAGUUUCUGCGAAAUUUUGCUUCCUUUUGUGAGCCAAACCCUAUUUUUAAUUAGAUUUCCUGACUCAUUAGGGUAGACUUUAUCUUAUGUUGUAAACACAAAUGCACUUUUGAUGUCGUUUUUACGGCUUAUCCCGCUCGCAAAAUUAUGUUAGAAUAAGUUUAAUUAAAUCUCAUUAUUUUGCACAGAAUAGAAUGAAAUUUUACGCCAGAAACCAAUGACUUGAUCGUCUUUAAAACAACACUCUUUUUUCGAUAUUUUCAUUCUUUCUUAAAACACUUAACUCAAGUUUUCAAGAUACUGUAAGCUUAUAAUUUUCCUCUGCUCGUUAUCGGAGUGACAGCCGUCGAUUUAUCAUGCUGCUGGACGUGUUUCUGUUGGAUUGCUUUUGGAUUCAGUUCAUUGAUUACAAACAUUCAUGAAUACCAAAAACUGAAACAUUUGAAAAGGACAGCGAAAAUUACUUUGCUUCCAUCUUAGACAACGUCUAUUUAAAAGUUGUAAUCAACUUUUGCUACAGUUAGGGCGUUUUAGGGAAAGUUCAUUUAAUAUGACAAGGGGGGAUGAAGAUAUUGAGGGGGGGGUCCGAAAAUUUUUUAGACACCCGAAGGGGGGCUCUGAAAAAAUUGUUGCGCUAGGAGGGGGGGCUCCGAAAAUUUGUAUACUUCAAAACCAACACAUGACAUCAUCAUACAGAUCGGAUGGUUUUCAACUCAACAAUUUAAUGACCUGUGCAACUCAGCUAUAUCACGUGGUUUACAGAUAUAACAAAUGUAGUCUCAGUAAUUAUUACACUCUUGCUCAUCCUAAAAAUGCCUUAGAAAAUUGUAUCACAACUGUAUCUCAAGUUUGUCAUAGUAUAAACCAUUGAAGACAAUAACGGUAAAUAUAUUUAAUACUGUCUAGCGAUCUUUUUUCAGGGGAGCAAAGGAAUUGAAGGAGGAGGGGGGGGCUCUGAAAUUUUCUCGACUACCAAGGAGGGGGCUUCUAAAAAAUUUAACCGCUACCGAGGGGGGGCUGCUAAAAUUUCAAGCUUCGAGUUUCAAUAUCUUCAUCCCCCCCCCUUGUCAUAUUAAAUGAACUUUCCCUUAGUUUAAAUUAAAUGUAAACUUGAACUCACAGUUGUUGUUAUCAUGCUCCAGAUUUUAAUCGACCGUUUUUUUUCACUAUUUAUCCCCGUAAGAAUGGUCCGUGAUAUCUAGAAGAUAGACAACUUAAGUUUUUAAAAUAUUUCUUUGUGUACCCAGCAGUGAUGUCAAAUAUCUCUGAAUAAGAGUGUUACAUGAAAGUUAUGGAUCAUCCAUGAAUCUAAGAUAGGUCUUUUAACUCACACAUGGCCUUCAAGCUUUCCACAGUAGAUGACAUUAAAGUGAGAUGUAAAAAUAUGAAAUAUCUCUGUGUUAUCUCAUAACAGUAUAUUUGCAUAAAAUUUGUAGUGCUAAAAAGCCUAUGGUGUGGACCAAUAAACACAAUGAAGUGUUGGUGCAAAAAAUGUACCUGUUUGAACCUUGGAAUUUCAAACGAGGGAGUAAACAAAGGGGCCAAGUUUGGGAAAGAAUAAGUGACUCCCUCAAUCAGUAUGAAUCUCCCAAGUUUACAGUAAAACAGAAUUCAGUACGUGAUCACUGCAUCUUCCUAGAGAAAGAGCAAAAGAAGAAAAUAAGAGAAGAAGAACAAGCCAGUGUAUUGCUCCAGUGCAUACAUCAUUUGAUGACUCCAUGGCCGACAUAA